AUGUGGUUUUUGCGGUAAAAAACGGGGGUUUCCCGACUGAAUGAGCGAGUUCCAGUUUUUUCUUCCUCACGGGAAUCUGACCACUGUACACAAAGAUUGCAUCGUUUUCAGGGUUAUGAGCAAACGGGACGCACCAAGUCCCAACGAAAACUUGCCACCAUCUUCAGGGGACCGCAUAGUCAGUAGGAUGGGAACACCGGCAAAAAAUCUAGAUUAGAUGACGACGGUUCGUUUUUUUCUGAAAUUGAUUCCAAAAACAGUCAAUAAUGUCUUCCAGAACGAUUCAAAGUUUCUGGACGCGUCGCUUCAGUUAAACUCCAAAAUUUUAUGUGUCAUGCAAACCUUUUAAUCGAAUUCAACACGGAAAAAAACAACUGUUUUUACAUCGGCGGUCCUAACGGAAGUACGUUUGACCGAGAUUUUUCCAUAUUUUUGUUCUCAUUCUUCAGGUGGAAAGAGUGCGUUGUUCGCUGCGAUCAACUUGGGUCUCGGAGGAAGAGGAUCGGAUAACGAUCGAGGAAACACCGUCAAAGCGUAUAUCAAAGAUGGAACUUCGUUUGUGGAAUGCUUGUCUUGCUCAGGAAAGUUGUUAUUUUUGCAGACAGGCUAAAAUCACAAUCACACUCACAAAUGAAGGUCUGAAUGCCCAUCCGGAUUUUGACGAACUGAUUUCCGUGGAGCGUACAAUCAAUCAGACGUCUUCCACUUACGUAAUGAAGAGCAUCCGCGUGGGGCCGAAUGGCCAUCAGUCCGAGAGAGUGAUCAGUAAGAAGAAGAGCGAAAUCGAUCGAAUCGUCGCCAGAUUCAACAUUCACCUCUCGAAUCCCGCGUUCUGGAUGAGUCAGGACAGAUCUCGCAGUUUCCUCGCCAAUUUCAAGCCUUCUAAUGUUUACAAGGUAACAAGAAUAUCAAUAUGAUCGAAAUUCGAACGAUUUUUUUCCAGCUCUAUCUCGAGUCGACAGAUCUCGAGAAGAUCCGAUUGUCGUAUAUGAGAUUCGCCUCGGUGUUGGAGGAAUGCAAAGGAAUCACGGAAGAGAAGAUCGGUGACAUGGCAAAAGAGCAGCGAAGACUGAAAAAUAUGCUCGAGCAGCGAGAGUUGCAAGAAAAGGUCGAAAACGACAAAGCCACGUUGGCCAGUUACAAAUGGAAGAUAAUCUUUUGCACGCUGCGCGAUUUCGAAGACGAAAUCAAGCUGAACGAGAGGAAACUGGAAGUGCAGAAGCAAUUUCACGAGACUUUAAAGAAGGACUACGGUCAGAACCGUACCGAACGAAAUGCAUUGGAUAAAAAGGCACACGAUUUGACCGAGGAAGUGGAAGUGCAGAAGGAUGAGAUGGAAGAGGCUGUGAGAAAUCAGAAAACGGCGAACCAGGCAGUGAAGGAGUUCGAAGAGAAAAUCAAAGAGUUUGUGCAUGAGAAGAAUACGAAGGAGUAUGAACUGAAGUCGAAAAAAGAUGCUAUUCUGAAUGCAGAGAAGCAUCUGAGACAAGCGAUGCAGAAGCAGGGAUGCGAAGACAUCACGAACAGAUUGGAAAAGGCUGAAAAUGAGAGUAAAGCUGUGAGCGCGGAAAGAGAGAAAAUGGAACUGGGCGGUCAACUGGACAAACUCAAGGAAACUGCUGAUGAGAUAAAGAGAGAAAUAGGAAAGAAAGAUGUGGAUAAGGUCAAUUCGAUGAGAGAGAUCUAUGAAAUCAGAAGAGAAUUGGAGAAUAACAUGAGCCUUAUGACCAGGGCCAAAGCGAUGAAGACGGAUUCCAUCAACAAGUAUGUUGUUAUUCUAACGAUUUUAGUUUAAAUUCGAUAUUUCCAGGUUCGGCCGUCACAUGUCUGAUAUUCUCAAGGAAAUCUCGAGGAAUCAGUCAAAGUUCGAGAAAUUGCCGAAAGGUCCGAUUGGCAAAUACAUCACAUUGACCGAUCCGAAGUGGGCUAUUCCCGCGGAAGAUUGUCUUCGCCACGUUGCUUCAAUGUUCCUGUGCAGUUCUCAUCGCGAUUCGGACACACUCCGCAAGUGCUUCCGAGAUCUGAGCAUUUCGAAUGAUGAGCAGCCUGCCGUGGUUAUCGCCAACUUUCUUGGAAAACCCUACUCAAAUCUGAUGGAGCCGAAUGCCGAGUACGAUACCAUCUAUAGAAAAUUGGAAAUUUCCGAUCCGGAUGUUCAGUAAGUUGACCAGAUGAUUUGACAGCAACCUAAAACUCCUUCUUCAGCAAUCUGAUAGUGGACAAAACGUCUUGCGAAAGUAUUAUUCUCAUCGAACAGAAGCUCGAUGCGAUGAGAAUAAUGGACAGUGACCAUCCUCCGCAAAACGCAGUGAAAGCGUAUACCUGUGAUGGCGGACAGGCGUACGCAGGUGGACCCACUGGGCAGUACCGCUUUUAUGGUGGAAAACCGCGGAGAGACGCCGGCCGACUCUUUGGACCUCAAUCAGCGAAUCUUGAUGAAAAAUCACUAAUCAAAGAUAUUGAAAUGGCCAAAACCGAAAUCGAAAACCGUGAAAGAAAUGUGGUGAGGAAAAUAGACGAGGAGAUGAGACAACUGAAAAAGGAUGAAUACGAGGCGAGAUCGGCGCUCGAAAAUUUCGAGAAGAAGCUGACAUCGUUGCGCUCGCAAGAGUUGAAAAUGGAUCGAUUGGUGAGGGAUUUGAGCGAGCAGCUGAGAAAUUCUGCGGAAGCGGAGUCGGUCGAGGCCCUGCAACAUCAAAUCGACGCACAGAGGAAUCAUAUUCCUGCGAUUGAGGACGCAAUUCGCGAAUUGGAUGAGAAGGUGCUCGAGAUCAGACAAUCUAUGGCUCCUGCUUUGAGAGAGAAGAGCGGGGUCGAUAAAUUGCUCACAAAGAUGAAAGUGGAAGUGAGAGGAUUUGCGGAAAGAACUACAAAGCUGCAAGCAGAAAUGUCUGCAUUGGACGAAAAAGGAGACGAGCUUAAACUGCGCAUCGACAAGUUGAAGGGAGAUGAGACCGUGCUGUACACGAACGACGCGAGACUCAAGACAGAGAUGGAUGAAGCCAUUGCUCAAGUGGAGGCGGAGAAGAAGAACCCGGAAAAUGCCAUGCCGCCGGGAGAGACGGAUCCUCCAGAUCUCAGUGAUUUUCCACCGACAAAAGACGCUGUACAAAGAAUCGAGGAGCUGCAAAAGAAGAUCGAUUUAGGAACUAACGGUUGUGAUAUGUCAAUCACUGCCAAGUCUAUCGCCGAUUUCCAAAAAAAGAUAAAGAUUUGCAAGUACCAAUGUAGGAAAGUUAACGAGGUACUCUCCACUCUGGACAAGAUUCACAUGGUUCGUCUGAAGGCAUAUCCGUUGUUGAAGAAGUACACGGAGAUGAAAGUGUGCGAUAAGUUCGAGGAUCUGCUCGCAAUCCGAGGAAACUUCAAAGGACACCUUGAGUUCGAUCACGAGAAGCAGACACUGAACGUGGAUGUGCAAUCGACCAAGGAGAACGAUCCGAUGUCACAGCGGGAUCGAGGAAAUGACGAGGAAGACGAUGAUGAAGAGGUGUCCGAGAAUUCUGACGAUAGAGAUUCUGACGGACCACGCAGGAAGAAGGCUAAGAAGCAGCCAAAAAAGAAGAAGAAGGCCCGCGAUCUGAAGGGUCUUUCCGGUGGAGAGCGAUCCUUUGUUACUGCCGCUCUCGUCAUGUCUCUCUGGGAAGUUAUGGAGCAGCCGUUCCGAAUGAUGGAUGAAUUCGAUGUCUUCAUGGACAUGAUGAACAGAAAGGUUCUUUUUACUAAAGACUUGUACACUGUUUCUUCAUCAUCUAUUGUUUCAGUUGGUCAUGGAUCUUCUGGUCGAGUUGGCCACUCAGAAGUUCCCACACAACCAAUUCAUCUUCUUCACUCCACAAGGAAUCAAGGAACUCAAUAAAGUGGAUGGCCUUCAAAUCUUCGAAAUGAAUAAAGUUCGCGACUGAGCCGUCUUGGAUCUCCAUUUUUGUUCGCUCUUUCAUUAAACUACCUCUAUGAAACCACGUUUUUUGUUUUUAAAAAAUCUCCAAUAAUGAUCAUGCUUUAUCUGUCCCCUUUUUAUCAUUUAACAACACCGGUUUCACUGUAAGCUUUCUAGAAUCCAAUUUUCUGCUUUAUUAAAUGUUCUUUUGUUUUGUAAUGAAAAUGUAAAGGAACCAUUGUUCAGAACAUUGAGAAACGAGUUGCCACUUUGCCUCAUUGCCCGUUCUAUCUCUCCCCCACUUUCCUGCUUCUUAUCCAACCCCUCAAGAUGUUCAGGUACGGGAUGGCUUGGACGGCCCAUGCCCAGACUUACGACAGAGGUAUGCGCUCCAGUCUCCCGGAGCAGCUGGGUACUGUGGCCAAGCUCAGUCGGCUAUUCGAAGAGAAUCCCAUUCCGGUGUUCGUAAACAACAUUCUCGUUCGGACUGCCGACUCCUUCAAAGACGGGUUUGUCCUUCAAUUUCCCAUUGUUUUCUGAAUUCUCAUAAUUUCAGAAAUCUCGAUCUUCGCAUCGCGAUCGCCCGAUCACUGGGCCAAUGUGGUUCCCAUCUCACACUCGCCUUCUCAGUUGACCAAAUCUUCAAACGCAUCCUCACCGUCAUCCAUUCCAACGAUCCGAAUGCGCGAGAGACUGUGCUCGAUGUGCUGGCCGUGCUGUGCCCUCUGAAUCCCGAACACAACCAGUGCCAUCAUCUCAUCUGCGAAUCGCUCUCCACUUCCCACGAAGGAGAGUUCCGUGCAGCGUGUGCUGCACUGAAGGCCUUCGCCGCGCAUUCUCAGACAUUCGCCGAGACGACGGUUCUACAGAUCGGAAAGAUAUUGGAGGACGAAGACGCUCCGGAGAACCGCAAAAUCCAUCUCUGCUCUGCGAUUUCAACAAUGAGCGCUACUGCACAGGUCGUCGAGCAAGUGUUCGGGCUUGCAGAUACAGUACUCCGACGCACGAUCUCCGAUGAUUACUUCUUCGCAUUUCUGGACGCGACAACAAGUUUGUGCGUGGAGAUCCGUUUUGCCAUUCCGAGACAGAUUGACCUUCUGCUAACUCUUUUGAAUUCAACUGAAAAGGAUCGAAGAAAGCCUUCGAAGGCCCGGAAACUGGCAGUUCUGAAGCAAUUGAAAAGAUUGUCCUCCUACUCCAACAUAUGGACUGAAAGACAAAUUAAGGUACGGCAUGUCUGGGUGCUUUUCUCCUAACAGUUUUCGAUUCCAGUUGUUCGUCUCCGCAUUGAAUCCAUCGCUUCCGGAUCGCUCUCUCGUCGCCUUCUUCGAUACCGUCGUUCAUCUCGCCAAAAACUGUCCGCACCCGAAUCUGAUGGCGCUCAAAAACAUGGUGAUCGCAAACACUUCCUUCGGAACGGUCGCCAAUCCAGAAGUCAGCGUCAGAUUCGUUCACCUCGCCGCGCAAGUGCUCUCUUCUCCGAGAGCUUUUGAGGAUGAGCCGAGCGAAUCCAUCGAAUCCACGAUGACCGCAAUUACUGUCGUUGUUGUGAGUGCGUGCAAUUGUGGAAAAUUGGAAACAUCGCUUGCCAAUCGAGUAAGAAGCCUUACUUGAAAAUUAAAUGUUUUGAAAGCAUAUUCUUCAGAUGUUCCGUGCUGUUGGAGACUUCCUCAUCGCUUUUCCAUAUUCGCAGCACGCAUUCUCAAAAAUGAUAAUCUCCACAGUGUUCUCGGCUUUUGAAUCUCCGGUGCAUGACGACAACAAUCAGAAAGAACGAUUGGAAAUGAUAUGUCGGCUUGUCGAUUCGGAGAAGAAGUACAUCCCGGAGGUGCACAAAUGGGCGUGCGGUGUGAUGCGCGACAAGAAGGAGCUCUUCCAGUCCUACCCCAAACAGUUCGCUUACCUGUGCCUGGCUGUCGGCACGGAACUGCCUGCAGAAAGUGAAAAAGUGUUCUACAAACACUCCUCGCUCGCCAUGUACGAAACGGCCAUGAGCGCUCUUCGUAAUGGACACUGGAAAAGUGUGGCGGCUCCGAAUCUGGCGAGCAUUGAUCUGUACAACUUGGAUCGGUGUGAAAGGGAAUGGUUGGCUGCUCUUCUAGCAGUUGCCGAAUCUCAGAUGAGCGAAAUGAGUCUGGAAGCACUUGAACACCAGGAAACUUAUCUCAUUUCGGCACUUUCUAAUCUGAAAACCGCCAGAACGAGUCCGCGAAUGGAGAAAGUCGUGCAGUUCCCAAUCCAAAUAGUGUCCGCAAUGCUGUCGACUUCCCGUGCCCUCUACCACCUGCACUCCGUCAUUGUCCCUUUCACAACGUAUCUUUCCGGAGCACUAGAACCGAACGAUUUCUUCAAUCCAGUCGUCGCCAAACGAUUUCUCGUCGCAUUGAAUAACUGCGAAGUUACUGUUGCCGACGCGCUCGCGGAAUGGACCGCUCUGUGCCGUGCAAGUUUCUGUGCGGAUCCCACUUCCUUCGAUCUGAUAACUCUCUUCUGUCUCCGAGUUUCCGUUCUUUCUGUGGCGGUGAAGGUCAUGCUGAAAAAGCAGUCGCCUGACACGUAUGUCUCGUUUUUUUGUGAAUUCAACAAGACAAUAUUAAUUCAGACUUGUUCAAAUCCCUCCACUUUCAAACAAUCGAACUUGUUCCGCUUUGCAACGAGAGAGAAUCCAGUGGAUUGCUGACAGAAUACGCUUUCUGCGAUACGACGGAGUUCCGAACAUCAAGCUCAUCAACUCGUUCCACAGAGUUAUCGAACAGAUCGCUAUGACUCCCUACAUGCUUCCAAGAUUCUACUUCCAACAAUUCUACAACGUGGAUAUCAAAGUACGCAGUGUGAACUCGCUCAAAACCAUAAAAUUAAUCAUUUUACAGAUUUCCACGUGUCCAGAAGGCACAAAAUCAAAGCCAUUCUCAAUUGGAUCCGGCGAGACCGUUCCCAUCAGAGUCGACGGCGCCAUAAUAUCCACACACCCAUCGCAAAUCCGAUCGGUUAUCGUUUUCGCUGAUAUCAUCAAUCCGGCUAAUCAUUCAGUACGAAGUUAAACGUUGUUUCUAAAUACCCCUUUCAUUUCAGUACAAUCACACACUGCAAGAAACUGUUCUUCCGAAUGAGAGCAACUACUUUAACGCCCAAUUCUUGCUCACUUUCAAAACGGUGCGCACGUUUCUUCUUUUCUUUUUACACGGUUUUCCUAAUUUUUGCAGUCUUGCGAAGUGAAGUUCCGCAUCGAGUUCGUCGACCAAAUAUCUCGAAAGCAAUGGAAAUCGGAUGGAGGCGAAACGAUUCUAGUUAACGUUCGAGAGAUUGUUCCGAGCGUGCCACAGGAAAGGCGGAGCGGACCACCUCCAGCUACUUUCACACGGAGCAUCUUCUACCCAUCGGACACAACUCUUUGA